AUGGAUGCCUUUGAAGUCUCGGGCUGUGCAGGGAGUGAGGUCAUGCUUGAGAUGUCCGUCGGAACCAAGUCGAAAAAGACCAAGACGGCCUUGCGGAGCAAAGAUUCGGAUGAAGAUCCCAUGAUGCCCGGACGAUUCCUUUUCCAAGGUGACAAGGGGAGAAUGACACCCUUAGUCGCUGUGCUGCCAACGAGUCCAGCCGAACAACUGGAUGUGCUUUUGUCGCUUUACUCUCGCAUCACUGGCUUCGUCACUGACGCCGACUGGCAGCGCAUUGGCUUUGCACGGCUGAAGGUUGCUGAGCUCCGGGAGUGGGACGGCGACACCCAGACGCCUUUGUGGUGUGCAUUGAGCAACAUGGCGCAUUUGCCCAGCAGCAUUGAGCCAGGCGCAAUUCUGUGCUCCUUGGCCAAGUCUGGAGAGACGGUCUUGACGCGUGGAGUGCCGAACUGCAAGCCAGUGAAGUUCCAGUUGCGCUGCUAUCUCAACAUGGCGCGCAAUUUGAACUGUGAAGGCGAUCGAGUUCCAAGUUCCUUUUGCGAGAUCGCAUGUGCUGGGCAAAGAGAGCGCACGAAAGUGGUGCCGCAAACGUCUUCACCCUACUGGGCUGAGAUGGUUGAGAUGACCAUCAGCCUGCAAUGCUCUUUGCAGAAUAUGCGAUGCUAUUCAGAGCCAAUACAGCUUACCGUGUACGACGUUCUGGGCAAGACGCUUUUGGAGAAGGUUGCAGACGUGACCAACAACGCUAAGCAGCUAGCAAGUGGGGCUUUAGGUGGCAAUAUCCCCAUCAGCAACAAGGAUGGCAAUGCGGAUUUCAAUGAUGAAGCGGGUAUUGCAGCAGCAGAUAUUGAUGUCGCCAAGAUUGGAGAAGAAUACGCGGGCUACGUGAAAGAUCAAGCCAUGGCUCAGAUGAUGGGGGACGUAAUGGCGGUGAAAAGGCUUGGUGAAGUCAAAGGUGGUCGAAAAGUCAUUGGCCGACAAAAGAUCCACUUCCGCAAGCUGCUUCACCCUUUGACAAACUACAAGAUGCGGCAGCGUUGGAUCAAGCUGAAGGGUGGAGUCAUGGGCACUGGCUGGGCAGGUGAUGUUAUGAUUGGAUUUGAGUUGAUGCGUGUGAAAUAUACUAAAGACUUCCCUCCUCGUGCAAUGAAACCGCCUGGGAAGCCCUGUUUGAUCUCCGUGGCGAUCAUUGGCCUGCGGAAUUUGACGGUGCCCGAAGUCGUCGAGGGCGACCCAGUCCUGCAGGUGGUCGUGCCGUCGGUGAAGGCGGACCCAUCCAAACCGGAGCCGGGGGCGAAGGCCAAAGCCAAAGCCAAAGCGAAGGCUGACGGAAAAGGCAAAGAAGGUAAAGGAAAAGGGAAGGCAGUGAAAGAAGUGGGGAAAGAAGAAGCCAAAGAGAGCAAAGAGAAAGACGGUGAGAAAGGAAAAGAAGUAAAAGACAAAGGAAAAGGUGACAAAGGAGAAGCUCCAAAAGACAGAAAGUCGAACAUAGGUAUGGCAGGUCUGCAGAUGGCCGAAGGAAGCGAUGCCAUUCAGACCAUGUCAGAGGUUAUCGUGUGGUCCAAAAAGCCAGAGACCAGACUGCAUGACAAAGAUACAAACAAAAAGUGGAGCGCAGUUGGUCGCGUGGGCUACGAAUUCUUGAACGUGGUCCACAUUGCUGCAUUGCUGCCAAAGCUGCCAGUCUAUGAGCCCGAUUUGCGCUUUUUGUUGAAAGAUGGACAAGACUCGGAUUCCAAGCUUCUGGCAGAGGGUCGAAUCGGGUUGGCAGAGCAUUUGCCAUGGGUCAGCGACAAAGCCAAGGCCAAGGAAGCUACAGAGGCCAAGGACACGUACUCUGAUGGCGAGGGGGGUGCAUAUGAUGGCAUGCCAGUGAGCGAUGCAGAUGAAGAAGGAGCUAACUACGUCGAAGUGGUCCUUGGAAACCAGCAAGCGAAGAUUGCCUUCACUGCAGAGGACAAGGGCAGCUUCCCUCCUGUCAUCACGGCCUGCAGCGAGAAGAGCCAGGUCGCAGCCAAAGGGAUCGGCGUGGGUGAUUGGUUGAUUGCUGUGAAAAAGAAAGACGAGAAGCAGGCCACCAGAUUUUUGGAUUAUGUGCGGUUGCCACUGCUCCGGAAGGUUCACAUCACACUCCUGGGCGAGCCGACGCUGGUGUCCUACGGUGCCGUGCGUCUGCCGGUGCCUCG